UCGAUCCGAUCUAGAUCCCUGAACCUGGCGGCGCCGAAACACAGCAACAGACUGCCCAGCGCAGUGGCAUCCCUUCUCGCGCCCCCCGUCGCGCCGUCACAGCCAUGACGCCCGGAAUUCAGCCACCCAUGUCCCAACAACAGCCUGCGUCGCAGCAGCAGCAGCAGCCGCCGCCGCAGCAACAACAACAACAGCAGCAACAGCAACAGCAACAGCAACAGCAACAACAACCGCGACCGAACGCCCCGGCUACCCCGAACACUCCCAACACGAUCGCCGCUUCUCAAGCACAGUCCGCUGUGUCUCCGCCCAGCAAGCGCGAUUUGAAGUCGUGGUGGAAAGGCUUUAAGCUCCCCUCGAAGCAUCAAGAGUCACAGGAACCUCGGCCCCAAGGAAUCUUCGGGGUCCCCCUACGCCAGAGCAUCACCUACGCAAAUGUCGCCAUCUCGCUUGUGGACGAAGACGGCAAGAGUUACAUUUACGGCUAUGUCCCGAUCGUUGUUGCAAAGUGCGGCGUGUUUCUGAAAGAGAGGGCGACCGAGAUCGAGGGAAUCUUUCGCCUGAGCGGCUCCGAGAAGCGGAUCAAGGAGCUCAAGAACAUUUUCGACUCUCCUGACAGGUACGGCAAAGGACUGGUCUGGGAUGGGUACACAGUCCACGACGCUGCCAACGUCCUCCGCCGCUAUCUCAACGAUCUCCCUGAGCCGGUGGUACCUCUGGAUCUUUACGAGAAGUUCCGGGAACCACUCCGGGGGGCAACGAAGCCCGGAAAUGGGGAAGCGGAAGGACCGCAGCUAGUCGAGGGCUUCGACAUGGAUGCUGCCAUCGCCAAAUACCAGCGCCUGAUCACAGAGUUGCCGCCUCUCAACCGCCAGCUUCUCCUUUACAUUCUGGACUUGCUUGCCGUGUUCGCAGCCAAGUCGGACCAGAACCGCAUGACGUCUCAGAACCUGGCCGCCAUCUUCCAGCCCGGCAUGCUCUCCCAUCCCGCCCACGCCAUGGCACCAGAGGAGUAUCGGCUCAAUCAAUGCGUCAUUAUCUUCCUCAUCGAGAACCAAGAUCACUUUCUCAUUGGGAUGCAAGGCACGGCCGCCGACGAGAAGACAGUGGAAGAAGUCCAGAAAGGUACGCCAGUGCUCAACGCCCCACCCACGCCGAACACCAAGACGGGCCUUGUUCGGUCUGCAUCGACUGGCAGCGUCGGCCCCGAGAGUGUUGCCAAGGAAGGCUCAAUUCGGAGAAACAAGUCGACCUCGUCGAGGCGGUCCUUCCACUCUAACGGUUGCCCGAGCCCCGCCAGCCCGGCGUUGGCAACCACCCCGACAGCCGGACUGGCGCGGAGCAACACCCUCCCGGCCAAGAAAUCACCAGCGUUACAGUCCGGGAGGUUCGCUUCUCGGAACGAGCCACAUGUCGCUCCCUUGACGCCGGUCGCAGCACCCGCAACUACAGUGGUAUCUUCGCCCGGAGUUGUGGAGGAGAUUGCCACUCCUCCGGAGGAAACAGAACCGUCAGCUUCAGCACCGACAGCGCCGUCCAGUUCACAGCCUGGCCUGGCCAUUCCUGGCGCUAAAAGCCAGGACAAACUGCUCGAGCCUCCCACCCCUGACGCCACGACUCCGUCCAAGGAACGGAAACUGCCCACCUUGUUCCAGAGGAUGGCUUCCAGUGAGGGCGACGGACGCCAGCCUAACAAGCUGAGGAAAAAGAGGAUACCGGGCAGCGCAAACCCUAGUGCCCACAGCUCAACUGCUUCGCUUUCCCAUUCAGCAACGGCCUCUCCCAAUGCCGAGACAGCGAACCCUCUGGAGGCAGUACGGCCCAUUGCUGGUGCCGAAGAGUCUGCGACAACGCAACCAGCUGACACGUCCUCGGAUCUGACACCAAGACCCUCUCACGCCGUUCCCAACAACGUCAAGUCUGACACUGAUCCGAACUCCCGAGCCAGUUCCGGAAGCACCGAGUCGGGCCGCCCGGAGGUGAGCACUGCCGGUGCUCACCCCAGUCCCGGUAACGUCACCCUCGGCGGCACCAACGCCGAUACUUCGCAUUCUGGAUACGCCAACGCCGACACCCUUCACCCCAGCAGCGCCCAGUUACCACUCCAGCACAAGAAGUCGCCUCCAACCUCGCUGCACAGUUCCUUUAACGAGACUUCAGAUCUCGACCAAGUGGAUGAGCCAGUAGCCCCUCCGGCUGAGGCGCCCGUUCCAGACACACCCAACGAGAAGGAGAAGAAGCGGCGUUGGCGACUGUCUCGCAAGAAAGAGGACGCUUCACCACCGUCUUAUCCUCCGCUCGCUGCGCAGCCCCCGAUCGGAUCGAAUGCAACAGCCAGCGCCAGCGGCACAUCUGUUAACAGUUCCGGGAAGCCCGGGCAUAGCACGGCUGGCGACACCUCGGACCGCACCACUAUCAACACAGAGGCUCCACUGACCGAGGUAUCCAGCAAGGAGAGCAGGGACGAGUCCAACAAGAUCUCGAGCUGGAUCAAGAACAAGUACCGCGAGCACAAGGAGAAUGUCGAACAGCGGCGGAACAAAUCGCCGCCCGCAGGGGAACGGGCUGUGUCGAUCGGUUCCAGCCUCCUGUCGUCACGUGGCAAGAGUCUAGAUCUGAAACGGACUGAAGAGGAGAAACAGCCGGUGCCGCAGCCGGUAGAGGCCAAGCCGCCAGCGCCACCGCAGUCAGGAGAAGCCGCACCGAUUCCGAAUCAGACAUCGCAAUCUCACACCCAACCACCACCGCCUCAGCCGUUGACGACGACGACAACAACAACAACGGCAACGACCCCUCCACCGCCGCAGUCGCAGCAGCCUCAGGAGCCAAAGGCGCAAUAGCAAUCAUUUUCUCGGAUACUUCCUCAGAGAUGACAUACCGCCAAUGAGUUCAACGCCGUUACGAAUGAUUCGGACGCACCUUUAGUGUAUCCUUUUCUUCUUCAUCCAUCUUCUUCUUCCUCUUCUUAUCCUUCCUCUUCCUCUUGCUACUUCUUCCUUCUCUUUUAUUUUCUCCAAGCAA